AUGACGUUCAAUUAUAAACUUCUUGAAAGUUUUCCGAUAGAUCGGGUGACGCGAGACCUGAUUGAAUCCUCUUAUCGAAAAGAAAUCCCAGAAGCUGCUGAAAUGAAAUGGGGAACAGCGAUUGGAAAGUUGCUUAUUUGCCGAAUCAAACUUGUAGGUUUGGGAUCAUUAUGUUCACAAAUGCGAUCCAAAAUCAUGGAAUUGCCAAUAUGUGCCACACAACAACGAUUACUAACUUCGUUGCCAGGAAAAUGUUGGAAAAGUUUGGAAGACACGCAUAUUUCUGCUCUCAUUUACUUGAAAAUUAUCGCACAAAGUAAACUGGCACAUCGCCUCCCAGCUAUGCUCGUGGCAAUGCGUCGUCACGGAAUACGUAUUUGGUAA